AACACCCUGUAUAGUCAAUUGGAUUUAUUGCGAUGUACGAAUUUUCAUGCAAAAAUUGGUUGAACAACAGAACGAAGGGACUUGUAUCGGAUUUUCGCUCCCGAAAACAAGAUGGCGCUGAAAAUAAUGCACCCGAACACGCCAAAGCUGCGGCAUCACACCGUGCGAUUUUCUGGUGACGAUCUGCCGAAAUACAAGUCUUUGGAUCAUUCAGAAACAAUGAUGCCGGACUACGCGGGGCCCCAGUCGUUCCCAGGAAUAGAUUCCGGGGCCCCGAGCCCUGAUAGUUGUUCGUACGUACCAGCCGCGCAAAGAUUUCGACUUAAUGAGCAACGUAUAAAACUUCUAACAGCAAUCAACCAAAUAGUGCAGCACCGCGCUGAGUUGGAGUCCAACCGCGCGACCCUCUCUUCCCUCCUCGACGAGUUGAGGAGGAAACUCAAGAGGAGGGUCGAAGAGUGUCACUAUGAGAAGCGGGAUCAGAUGAAGGCAUUAAAACAAGCGAACCAUCGGCUCGAGAAAGAGAAGCACAACAUAACAAGCGAGAUAGAACACCUGAAGCGGCAUUUGGAGAAGGAAGAGUCACAUCACGUCCAACACGCGAGGAACGCGGUUGUGCAUGCAAUCCAAGGAGUAACAAAAGCACCGAACGAUAUAUUCACUCCAUGCUCCGUGUCACAGUUACCGGACAUCGUCAGCAGAAACGUCGCUAAGAAUGCUCCUUCUAAAGUUGCAGACUACAAGCUAGCAGCUGCAAGACUUAUGCGAGAUAUUGUUGACUUGCGACAGCGACUUGCGCAAGUGGAGGCUAAACUGGCUAACGAAUUGAAGCGUAAACGGCAGGUUGAGAUCGACAUUGUGCGACUGAGGAAGGAGCUGUCAGCGUCCAAGAGCAACAUGGCGUCGUUGAGGUUGUUACCCGCGCCGCAAUCGAGGAAACCGUGCUCGAGAUUCGCGUAAUUUGGCGGGGAAUUUGU